UUUUAAAGUCAGUCAGCACUGAAUCUCCACAUCGCUCUCCUUUUCUUUUUUCCUUUUUUAAAUUCAACGACAUUUCUCCACCAUGAGCUUCAGAAUCCCCAGCACGCAGCAGACACCUUCUGCUCGGAUCUCCAUGACCCGCUCAGCUCCUCAGUACCGAGCUGCCAGUAUCUACGCCGGCGCUGGGGGGCACGGCGCCCGCAUCUCCUCCGCCUCUGCAUCCUCCCUGCGCUCGGGCGCCCCCAUCUCAUCCUCCUCAGGUGGCUUCAAGCUGAGCAGCGCGCUGGGGGGCGGCAGCGCGGGUGCGGGCUUUGGAGGCGCGUCCGCCUCGGCCGGCACAGGUGCUGGCAUCCUGGGCAACGAGAAGGGGGCGAUGCAGAACCUGAACGACAGGCUGGCCAACUACCUGGACACGGUAAGGAACCUGGAGCAGGCCAACAAGAAGCUGGAGGUGAACAUCAGGGAGGCCCUGGAGAAGGGGGGACCUGACACCAGAGACUACAGCAAGUACGAAGCCAUCAUAGAGGAUCUGCGCAGGGAGAUCUUUGAUAAGAUAGUGGACAACGCUCGCUUUGUGCUCCAGAUUGACAACGCCCGUCUUGCAGCUGAUGACUUCAAAGUAAAGUAUGACAACGAGUUGGCGAUCCGGCAGUCUGUGGAGGCUGACAUCGCUGGGCUGAAGAAAGUCCUGGAUGAUACCAACAUGAGCAGGAUGAACAUCGAGAGCGAGAUGGAAGCUGUGAAGGAGGAGCUCGUCUACCUGAGGAGGAACCACGAGGCUGAAGUCAUGGAAAUGAGGAAUCAGAUCUCUCAGUCAGGCGUCCAAGUGGACGUGGACGCUCCUAAAGGCCAGGACCUGUCCCAGGUCAUGGAGGACGUGAGAGCGAACUACGAGAAGAURGCUAUGAAGAACGCAGAAGACCUCAAACGCUGGCAUGAAAARCAGAUUGCAGAUGUGCAGGUCCAGGUWUCGCAGAACACAGAGGCUCUCCAGGGGGCUCAGGCGGAGAAGAGCGACUUAACCAGACAGAUCCAAACCCUGGAAAUUGAACUUGCAUCACAACAGAGCUUAAAAGCCUCUUUAGAGGACACGCUGCACAACACAGAGUAUCGCUACAACAUGGAAAUGGAAAAGUACAACGGCAUCAUUAUGCGGCUGGAGGAAGAACUCGGCAACUUGCGUGCAAACAUACAGCAACAGACGCAGGAGUACGAGGCGCUGCUCAACAUGAAGAUGAAACUAGAGGCUGAGAUCAGCACCUAUAAGGGUCUGCUGGAUGGAGGAGACUUCAGGCUUCAGGAUGCAGUGGAUGAGCUGGAGGCUUUGAGCUAAUUUGCACUAAAAGAAAACCGCUCACAAGACUCAAUGGUGGGAAAGCUGGCCCCAUGACCCAAAAAAAAUGUUUUAUAUCAAGAUCACAUGAACAUUUUGGAGGUUAAAUAAGAAAUAAAGGCACAGUACAUGUCAAUGAAAACAGAAAGUUGAAAAAACAUUCAGUGUCUGACCUGACAAAUAAAUACAAACUGUUGACAUGAA